CGUGGGCUCAAAAACCCAACCCGAAAUAUCUACGGCAGCGUACGUUCUCGGGGUGGAUCACCCACUGUCUCCUUCCCACUGUUGCUUUCUCUCUCUAGAUUUCUGGGUUCCAAUUGCUUACUCUUGAGAGAGAGAGAGUGAACAGUGCUCUGUGAGUAAAUGGCGACAGCGUCUGAUUUACCAGAGGGGACUAUACAGAACGUACUGGAACAAGAGAGCCUCAAGUGGGUCUUUGUUGGCGGCAAAGGUGGCGUGGGCAAAACGACAUGUAGCUCGAUCCUCUCGAUCCUUCUCUCCAGAGUCAGAUCCUCCGUUUUGAUCAUCUCCACCGACCCUGCUCACAAUCUCAGCGAUGCUUUUCAGCAGAAGUUCACCAAGACUCCCACUUUGGUUAACGGGUUCACCAAUCUCUAUGCUAUGGAAGUGGAUCCUACCGUUGAGCACGAAGACAUGGGUGGAAACGAUGGAAUGGAUAAUCUGUUUUCUGAUCUAGCAAAUGCUAUUCCUGGAAUUGAUGAGGCCAUGAGCUUUGCCGAGAUGCUAAAAUUGGUCCAAACAAUGGAUUAUUCGGUUAUAGUAUUUGAUACUGCACCAACUGGCCAUACGCUUCGGCUGUUGCAGUUUCCAUCAACCUUGGAGAAAGGUCUGGCGAAAGUGAUGUCUUUGAAAAAUAAAUUUGGCGGUCUAAUGACUCAGAUGACAAGCCUCUUUGGUGUUGGUGACGAAUUUGGAGAGGAUGCAAUUCUGGGAAAGCUGGAGGGCAUGAAAGAUGUGAUUGAACAAGUCAAUCGACAAUUUAAAGACCCAGACUUGACGACCUUUGUCUGCGUUUGCAUUCCAGAAUUCCUCUCUCUCUAUGAAACAGAGAGACUGGUGCAGGAACUCACCAAAUUUGAGAUAGAUACACACAACAUCAUCAUUAACCAAGUACUUUAUGAUGAAGAAGGCACAGAAUCUAAACUACUCAAAGCAAGAAUGCGAAUGCAACAAAAGUACCUUGAUCAGUUCUACAUGUUGUAUGACGACUUCAACAUCACCAAGCUGCCGUUGCUGCCGGAAGAGGUUACAGGAGUUGAUGCUCUAAAAGCGUUUUCGUGUCAUUUUCUGACACCAUACCAACCUUCCACCAGCAAAGGCACAUUGGAAGAGUUAGAGAAAAGAGUGGUCACUCUAAGGCAGCAGUUGAAAGACACUGAAACAGAACUAGAAAGACUGAGGAAAGGAAAACAAAAGGUCUAAUAACGCCAGGUUCACCACUUUGUAAUUUAGCAUCAUCUUCUUCCCAGUUUAGGCUACCAGGAGAAGGUGUAUUCCGUUUACCGCUGAUUGAUGUUUCCGGGUUGAUUGAUUUAUUUGCUGAGUUAUUUUCUGUCCUCUUAGAAUCAAGAUCAUAAGAAGUGCCAUCUCUUGCGCAUUAAUGUAAUUUAUUUCAUUCAAGAUGUUCCGACAUCGAACAAUUUACGGGCGAAACUCUUGUUCUUUUAUGUGCCCUGACUGAGCUUUAUGCCAAAAUCAGUAUGUUGCAAUUUUGUUCCGGAAAGAAAGUGAAUGGAUUAUAAGCUCUGUACAUUGGAUUGUCUGGGAAUAUGAAUUGGCAUUUUACAGCAA